AUGGAAGGUCCUGACCUAGUUGUGCAAAUAGAUGAAUCCUUGUUCCAAGAUAAAAGGAAAUAUAAUCGUGGAAGAUUACGUCUUGGAGAUCGUAAACCUGAGGAAAAGUCUGGUGAAGAUGAAGAGAGUUCAGAUGAAGACAAUGUAAUAAAUAAUCUAAAUUACGGACAACGAAAUCAAGGGCCAUGGAUUUUUAGUUUGUGUUGUAAGCAUGAUGGCAUUAAAAAGAGACGUUUUUUAAAAGUUGAAAAGCAUGAUCGAAAUACCUUACUACCAAUUAUAUUUAAUGAAGGUACUACUACUACUAUGUAUUCCGAUAGAUGUCGUGGGCAUUCUAUUUUAAAUUAA